AAAGGAAGAAGCAGAAGCGGAGGGGGCGUGGCUACCGCCCUUUCUCCGGACCACAUGACGCACUUCGUUGAGUCGCCGACGUCCUCCUUCCCCUCGACGACGUGCGCAAGCGGCUGAGCAGCUUCCCCCGCCCUUCUGCCGGUCACGUGAGCCUGAGGGACGGCGGCCGGCCCGGCUCUUCGCCCGCGUGUCGCGUUCUCCUCCUCGCCCCUUUCCCCCGCUUUACAGAGCCGAGGCCGCGGCCUGAGCCUGGGCGCGCGGGGACCGGGCAGGUAGGCAGUUUUCCAUCAUGGACUGGCAGCCAGACGAGCAGGGCCUGCAGCAAGUGCUUCAGUUACUUAAAGAUUCACAGUCUCCAAAUACAGCAACCCAGAGGAUUGUACAAGAUAAACUGAAACAACUCAACCAGUUUCCAGAUUUCAAUAACUAUUUGAUAUUUGUCUUGACACGGCUGAAAUCUGAGGAUGAACCAACUCGAUCUUUGAGUGGUCUGAUCUUGAAGAAUAAUGUGAAGGCUCAUUACCAGAGUUUCCCUCAGCCUGUCGCUGAAUUCAUUAAGCAAGAAUGUCUUAACAACAUAGGGGAUGCUUCCUCCCUCAUCAGAGCUACCAUAGGUAUUCUCAUAACUACCAUUGCUUCCAAAGGGGAGCUGCAGAUGUGGCCAGAGCUCUUGCCCCAGCUCUGCAACCUGCUCAAUUCUGAGGACUACAACACAUGUGAAGGGGCUUUUGGUGCCUUACAAAAGAUCUGUGAAGAUUCUGCUGAGCUCCUGGAUAGCGAUGCUCUCAACCGUCCCCUUAAUGUCAUGAUCCCAAAGUUUCUUCAGUUUUUCAAGCACUGUAGCCCCAAGAUUAGAUCCCAUGCCAUUGCUUGUGUUAACCAGUUCAUCAUGGAACGGGCCCAGGCUUUAAUGGAUAACAUAGACACUUUCAUUGAGCACUUGUUUGCCCUUGCAGUAGAUGAAGAUCCUGAAGUUCGAAAGAAUGUUUGUCGAGCAUUGGUAAUGUUGCUGGAAGUGCGAAUUGAUAGACUUAUCCCUCACAUGCAUAGUAUCAUCCAGUACAUGUUGCAGAGGACCCAGGACAGUGAUGAGAAUGUGGCCUUGGAAGCAUGUGAAUUCUGGCUGACGCUUGCUGAGCAGCCCAUCUGCAAAGAAGUUCUGUCUUCACACCUGGUGCAAUUGAUUCCAAUCUUGGUGAAUGGAAUGAAAUACUCUGAAAUUGACAUCAUAUUGUUAAAGGGUGAUGUGGAAGAAGAUGAAGCCAUCCCUGACAGUGAGCAAGAUAUCAAACCUCGUUUCCACAAAUCCCGCACAGUUACCCUGCAGCAUGAAGAGGAGCGGCUACAGGAUGAUGAAGAUGGAGAGGAUGAGGAUGAUGAUGACGACACACUGUCUGACUGGAAUCUGAGAAAAUGUUCUGCUGCAGCUCUGGAUGUUUUGGCCAAUGUCUUCAGAGAUGAGCUCCUUCCACACCUGCUUCCACUGCUCAAGGGGUUGCUUUUCCAUCCUGAGUGGGUUAUCAAGGAAUCAGGCAUCCUUGUUUUGGGGGCCAUUGCAGAAGGCUGCAUGCAAGGCAUGGUUCCUUAUCUCCCUGAACUGAUUCCCCACUUGAUCCAGUGUCUUUCUGACAAGAAGGCCUUAGUGCGUUCCAUUGCCUGUUGGACCUUGAGCCGCUAUGCCCACUGGGUUGUGAGCCAACCUCCUGACAUGUAUCUAAAGCCUCUGAUGACAGAGCUCCUUAAGCGGAUUCUGGACAGCAACAAGAGAGUGCAGGAGGCUGCUUGCAGUGCAUUUGCAACUCUUGAGGAAGAGGCCUGCACAGAGCUAGUCCCUUAUCUCAGCUUCAUUCUGGAUACUUUGGUUUUUGCAUUUGGGAAAUACCAGCACAAGAACCUGCUGAUCCUGUAUGAUGCAAUUGGCACUCUGGCUGAUUCUGUUGGGCAUCACCUCAACCAGCCGGAAUAUAUCCAAAAACUGAUGCCCCCGCUGAUCCAGAAGUGGAAUGAGCUGAAGGAUGAGGACAAGGAUCUCUUUCCUCUCCUAGAAUGUUUGUCAUCUGUAGCAACUGCUCUCCAAAGUGGUUUCCUUCCAUACUGUGAACCUGUCUAUCAGCGCUGUGUGACACUUGUGCAGAAGACCCUUGCCCAAGCCAUGAUGUACAGUCAACACCCAGACCAAUAUGAGGCUCCUGAUAAAGACUUCAUGAUUGUUGCUCUUGACCUGCUGAGUGGUUUGGCUGAAGGUCUGGGAUGUCAUGUGGAGCAGCUUGUGGCCCGGAGCAAUAUCAUGACUCUGCUGUUUCAGUGCAUGCAGGAUACCAUGCCAGAAGUUCGUCAGAGUUCCUUUGCACUCCUAGGAGACCUUACCAAAGCCUGCUUCAUGCAUGUCAAGCCAUGUAUUGCUGAAUUCAUGCCCAUCUUAGGGACCAACUUGAAUCCGGAAUUCAUUUCCGUGUGCAAUAAUGCCACCUGGGCUAUUGGAGAAAUCUGUAUGCAGAUGGGGGCUGAAAUGCAACCAUAUGUUCAGAUGGUCUUGAAUAACCUUGUGGAAAUCAUCAACCGGCCAAACACCCCCAAAACACUUUUGGAGAACACAGCCAUCACGAUUGGACGCUUGGGUUACGUCUGCCCUCAGGAGGUGGCACCGAUGCUGCAGCAGUUUAUCAGACCUUGGUGUACAUCCUUGAGGAACAUACGUGAUAAUGAAGAGAAAGACUCUGCUUUCCGUGGCAUAUGUAUGAUGAUUGGAGUAAACCCUGGAGGAGUUGUUCAGGAUUUUAUUUUCUUCUGUGAUGCUGUUGCUUCCUGGGUGAGUCCAAAGGAUGACCUGAGGGACAUGUUUUAUAAGAUACUCCAUGGCUUCAAAGAUCAAGUCGGGGAGGAGAACUGGCAGCAGUUCUCUGAGCAGUUUCCUCCACUUCUGAAAGAGAGGCUUGCUGCAUUCUAUGGGGUUUAGACGAAGCAGCAAAACCGUAAUCGGUUCCUGUGUGCGCUGGGAGGGAUACUGGGAACUCGUCCACAACCCAGUGUUGCAGAUCCCUGUUAAUGGGGGGUUAGGGAGGACGGGCAGAGCAUUGUGGGACAUAAAAUGACUUCGCUCCCCAUCUCCUGAAAUUUACAAAGUUGGGGGGAGGGUGGGCCUCCAUGACCAAUUUAAACAAAAACCAGGGUAUCUCACUGGCAGAAGGAAAGGUCUCUCUCUACUCAGAGGCUAUUGUUGGUGGAGUGGGGUGGGUGGGACUCGGCCCUGGGAUGAGAAAGGGGAGCAAACUUAAACUGCAACACUCUUGAGAAGGGGAUCUAACUAGGGGCCAUCAUAAAGGACUAGCUAAUAAUAAUAAAUAAAGGAUAGGGUUUAAGAUGUUAAAACAGGAGUAAAUGCUAUAAUGGUUUAAAACCAGCUGAUGAAGAGGGAAGGGGGUUAUACUACUGUAUAUUUCCAGUCACCGGUAUUCAAGAGAUCAGCUAUUCUUCACCUUUUCAAGACUGCAUGGUGACCAAGAAGUAGACUAGCGAAUCUGUGAGGUGCCCAUAAUGACUAAGUGUAAGCAUUUUCAUCUAGGAAACUUAAGGAAACCCACAAACCCUUUUUGCCAUAGUUGCCAUGGCACUGUGUGAUGGAUGUGACACUCAGAGCAGAGGCAGGCUCUGAGCUUGUGGGAACCUGCCAGCCACCUAGGCAGCAGUCCUUAUCAUAAGAAAUACUGUUGGAGAAGCAUGUCUCUGUUUUUUAAGAAGAUGCCACAGUGCAAUGAAUCUGUUACCCUGUUGUUCAGCUGUUACUUUGUGACACUGCUAUUACAUUAUGUCAGCUGUAGGAGGCAGUAGAGAGCAAGGCGGGACACUAAAUUCCAGCGGAAUGACCGCAUGGGCCAAAGGUGGGCAGAAACCACUGUGUACUUGAUUUUUGUAUGGCACAUGAUAUGUUCUGUGCUGCAUUCUUGUGGCCAGAGUGGCAUUUGUACAUUAUGAUAAUUUACACUUUCUGUCUUAAGGGAGUUACUAUGCCACAUUGACCGCUUUGGUUUACAAAAGAAGCAAGCAGUAAACAUAACCAGGUGUAGCAGAAUUAAUAAACUAAAGCCCUCCAUGCAUGGCCAGUGGAAGCUUGUGGCUCUUGCUGCAUGCUUAGUGGAGUUGCCGUCUUAAGGAAUUCUCAUUAGACCCAAAUCAGUUUAGUCCCUAGAAAGAGAAUCUGGGAUUUUCUGAAUGCAUUUGACUUAGUGAAGCCAUAGCUUUUUAAUAGUAAGUGAAGCAGUUGUGAAGUAGAAGCCAGCUUAUUUUCCCAAAGGCAGUUAGGAUACGUGGGAAAAGAGUACUUCACCUAGUGAAAGUAGUGUUUAUGGAAGAAAAGACUGUUAGGAAAAAAAGGCACCUGAGAAUUCUCCAGAGAAUGAAAUAUGCACAAGGAAGUGUUUGCCAGCAGACAGGAUGCUGGGAAGAAGAGACUACAUGAGCUGAGCCACAUCCUCAGUUUUAUUCUAAGCAGAUCCCCAUGGAACUUCAGCAACUUCUGGGUUGGUAGCCAGUCAACUGGGUUGACUGCUACAUAUCCUGUAUUACUUAGUUGCUGGUAAGACAAAAUGGUGGGACUGCUUAAAAACUGGAGCUAUAUAUGGCAGAGAAUGGACAUCCCUUUUCUGGGUUAAGGAGAUGCUAUGUUGACAGCAUUUAAUGGUGACACUCUGGACACUGCGGAACGAAUGUUUGAAAAUGUAUUUGUGAGAUUGCUCAGUAACUUAAACUUCGCGAUAAUCCCCUGCUCAUUUUCCUUUCUAUCCCUGGCCUGUGUUACACAUUACAGUGCUUGCAGUUCUUCGAGCAUUUUAAUAGAACUUGGUGGGGCAUUACGGUACAGGCUCUGAGGCUCAAAACCCCAAGUGAGAGCUGCUGUUCUGCUGCUCUCUUUGCCUCUGGUUUCUGGGGCACACUCCUGCACUCCUCUGGAAUAACUUUUUCAAAGAAAUGAUAGUAAACUUGCAAAUGCAUUCCUUCUUUGUCUUUUUAGUGGUGUGGAACUUGAGCAGGUCUCUGAAAGCAAUCAGCUAGUUCUUUGCAUUUUAAUAGUUUUAUUACUAGUGUUCCCUUUCAUGCUUCACUCUCAAAUUUUCCUGUCAUGGGAGGAGUGAAAACAGAGGGCCCUAUUUGAGCAACAGGUUGUUUUUAAAUGCAUGAGCAAGAAGUGUGCACGGAUAGAAAGUGAGGUCCAGUUGUGAUUCUAAACUAUGUACCCAGGAAUAUCAAAAGAAGGCUGUGAACUUUCAUCAAGUGAAGUUUAAGCUACUUGGCCUGACUGCCCCUUGAAAUUGAAUUUCUUUUGUACAAGUGCUUCUAGUAUUGCCUCCUGUUUGUUAAUCCUGGAUUUGUAUAUUUGUAAAUGUGCCGUAAUGUUUCCAGUGGUGGAACUGCAGUGUACCUAGUGUUGAAGCAGCUGCUUGCACCUUGCUCAAAUGAGAUUUUUCUCAUUUUAUGUAUAAUUUUUUUUUUUUUUUGGUCAACUAAAGAAAACCUUGUGACUCGA